UAAUGCAGAGGGUUAACCCCUUAGGUUCCAUAGUGAGUGUAACAAGUAAGCUUUACUGCAUAUCCAGAUUGAUUUUACUGUUGUGGUACAUACAUCUAAAGUACAAACAUGCAGGGGUGGACUGACCAUUUGGAAUCUCGGGCACUGCCCAAGGGCCCGGGGUCAGUAGGGGGCUCCAUGAGAUGCCCCUGUUAUCUUUUUCAUAGGCUUUUUUGAGUUUGGGCAAGGACACAGGGGCCCCAUGAUCCCCUAUUGCCCGGGGGCCCCAUGA